AUGUACAUUUGGUUGUUACUCCUUGCUGUUUUGUUUUCAUACUAUGUGUUUAGAUUGAGAAGAAAACGUUUAUAUGAACUUGCUAAUAAAUUUCCAAUAGAUGAUAAUAGUUUGCCUAUCAUUGGAGCUGCAUAUUCACUCCUAGGUUCUACAGAACAUAUUUUAGAAGUAAUGCAGAACUCCAGCUAUGCCAGUAUGAACAAUGGUGGAGUACUUGCCAGUUGGUUUGGACCUCUGCUUUAUUUUGUGGUCACAGAGGCACCAGUACUUGAAACAGUUCUUAAAUCCAGUCUAGAGAAAGAUGAUAUUUAUAGAUUUAUGUGGCAAGUCAUUGGAAAUGGCUCGGUCUUUGCCCCAGUACCUAUUUGGAAACAACGUCGAAAAAUGGUCAUGCCUUUAUUCAGCCCAAAGAUACUGUCAACGUUUUUCAACAUUUUUCUAGAGAACAGUGAAAAAUUGUGUUCAGUGUUAUCAUCAUUUAUAAAUAGAGGACAAUUUAGUUUAUGA